CGUGUAGUUCGAAUCACAAACUUCACGCACUACUUCUUUUGCACAAAAUACACGUUCGAAACAAUGAGCACGCACGUACGCACACAGAUUCAAGAUGGCGAACCACUGGCAGGAAAGGGAUUCGUCGGCGUCGACUUCAUUCGACGACGAAAUAUACGACCUAGAUCGCCUGCGAGCAGAGAUUGAACAGGAGAAGGAUAUUUAUGGAAUGCUUGAAAACUCAGUGGGAGAUUUGAAAAGCACUGUGACCGAAAUGGAAAGGAGAUAUGAACUGGCAAGUGAGGAAGACAAUGAAUGGAAGACACGAUGCGAGACUCAGGAGGAAUUGAACCAGCUUCUGAGCAAGCAGAUACAGUACCUGCAGGACCGGCUAGACCAAUCACGGGAUAGCGCCAAGGAUGGCUUCGAGAGUGACCUGCGAUCUUAUGACGAACUCUCGGAGGGCAGCUUGAGGAAAUUAUUGAAGCAAAUUGAGCGGGAGAAGCAGAGCCUUGAGAGCCAGCUGAGGGAUUAUGAGUGGAGGCUGGACCAGGAAUCAAAGGCUUUCCACAAGGCUAAUGACGAAAGGAGAAAUCUACACACGGAACUCUUACAGGCAAAGCUGAAACUGGAGGAGCUGAAAUUUACAACCAAUGCCGGCAAUCAGCAGAAGAAACGAGCCAAUCAGAAAGGGCGAGGAGUGGAGGAGAACGUUCCGGACGAUCAGAGGAUUUUAGACCCCAAGCACGGUCCCAUCAAGAAGACCGCGGCCAUCAAGAAACUACCCAAGCUUGACGCCUGAGGCAGACCGAGCGAUCGGGUGACGGAAUCUGAGACGCAACUCGACAGCAGUAAUGUCGUCAGGGUUGACCAAGUACCUUAAUGUGUGCUAGGGAAGUGACGUCAUAACAGUGUCUGUGAACUGUGGGGUAACAGGGUGGUAAAAGGGUGUUAUGUGUUUGGUUGGGGGGAAAAAGGUUAAUUGUCACAAAUUUUCUACUUCUAUUUCUCGAGACAGAAUCUGAGACACAACUCCAAGAAAAAAAGUUGCAACCUGCCACUUUUUUCUUCAUAUAUAUCAUCUCAAUGAAAGUCAGUCAUUGCAAAAAUGAUAAGACAUGAAUCUGGGACUAAGAAACAUUUAAAAUUUUGUUUGAAAAUACUUGGAGAAUGUUCUUGACUCUCCAUAGACUUUGUACAAAACUGCUGAAGUGGUGUCAGGUUGCAAUAUUUUUUCCAAAAGUCCACAGCAGUAAUUUCGUCAGGGUUGACCAAGUGCCUUAAUGUGUAUGAAGGAAGUAUCAUAUUCAGUGCUAAAAGGCUAUAACUUUAAAGACAGUGUUAUAUUGCCGUCUCUAGCAAUCAUAAUGAACAUGGGUACUGUAAAAGAGUGCCUGUGGCAUAUCUAUUACAAUUCUUUAAAUCUAUAUUUUAAAAGCUCUUAACAGAAUUUAUUCACAAAUACGCAGGUUACUAAUGUAGUCUUUUUUGAAGGAUUAACUUUCAGUAGCGACAAAAACCCAAUGAUUUCUAUCACAAUAGUUGUAAAUAUAAAUGUGGCUGUUGUACAAUAUGUGUACAUUUUUGUAAAUUAUUUUGAAGAGUUUUAACAGUGGUCAGAAGACCAUUUUCUGCAGUGCAAUAUAAUGUAUAUACAGCUUCAAGUAAAUAGUACUCUUCUGUAUAGCAAAACAUUUCCAAAUAUUUCACAACGACUCAGAGCUUUUCUAUUUUAUCGUUUUGUUUAUUUACAAACUUGAACUUAAAAUAUCAUACUUUCACAAACCAAACAAGUCUGUCAUAAUUGACCAAUUAUUUUUAAGUAUCAAACUGCGAACAAAGUUAGUCUUUUCCUUUUCUAAGUGUUACGUGAAUGUGUAAUGACUGAACAAUGUCUAGAAACAUCUUUUUUGGGGGGCCAAACAUCUCUGCACUAAUUACAACAGACUGAAAUGGAUAAAAUCUAAAAUUGUUUGUUUUUAAUUUGAGACCUUUAAUUAACCAUAUAUGAAUAAACGUGUUCACAAGGCUACAGAAAAAAGGCUUUUGUUUAAGCAUUCUUUCUUGUAAACCUUACAACUUUUUUUUUCAAUUUUCAAAAUCCUUUGUUGUUCAUGUAUGUGUACAAAUGGUAGGAACAAUAAAUCCUCCAAUUCGUGCAAAAAAAGUCUUGUGAAAAUAUCCUUUAUCAAAAGUCCAAAUGGUUAAAACUGUUGCUAUAAGUACAGUGUUCCUAUGCAUCUGCCGACUGCCCACAAAACGAUGCGCGUAUAAAUUGCUAAAACAAUGCAACCGCGCAUCGCUAUAACCAAUUAGAAGAAGACAGUUCAGUAUCGCCUUUACAGGAAACUAUACUAUAAUUUGAUUAAACCGUCUCGCCCUUUGGACUAAUUGUGGAUCCUGUUAUCCCGCUAUCUGAAAAACAAGCACUCUAAAGUGUGACGCAGAUGUCACGUUUUUGCGGUCUUAAUAGCAAGAAGGUUUUCUCUGGAGACGGUAAAUGUUUUUCGAGAGUUCAGUCGGAGAAAUGUCAAGAUUUCUCGGGCUUGGAUAAGAGGCAUCAAAUUUCUUUGACUUCCUACCAAAUAUGGUUGGGCCAUGUUUGUUAAAACAACUGACCGAAUCUGUUAAAACACUGUCCCCGAACAAACAACAGGUGAAACGUAAUUGCAUAAUUCAACUACAAAAUUUGGCCGCAUGGCUACAUCUGUUCUGACUCUGCAGCCAAAACACACAUUUGCAAUAUAAAUAGAUAUCAAACUGUGUAAUCAAGACGAGGGAUACGAGGAGCAAAUUGAGAGGGGACUAAGCACCGUUGAUAUAUUGAUAUUAUUGCUGGUACCAAUUUUAAAAUUGUAUUGAAAUAUCACAAUUCUCAAUAUUGAGGAAUGAUAUCGAAAAUAUCAAUAAUGCGUCAGAUUAUCGUCAAAAUAAAUCUCCCGUUAGUGCUGUUACUUUGUGUUUAACAUUUGCAGUAUAAUGAAAUAAAGCUUGGCGACAACUGGUGCUUGUGACUAAAAAAAAAAA